AUGGCGGCUGUCAUAGACGCUGUCAACACUGUCCUGGCUUCAGGGCAGCACAGGCACAUAUUGUCUGUUAUCAAGGGCUUCAGAAAUGGCGCUGUAUACGGAGCAAAAAUAAGAUUUCCUCAUGCGCUGGUGAUGACUAUUCUGUUUAGAAAUGGCAGCCUCAGAGAUAAAAUCAUUGCAAUUCUGGAGGCCACCUACACACACUCAAGAAAUCUGGCAAUGUUUGUUUUUGCGUACAAGGGCUUGACGUCAACACUUUCAUGGGGAGAGUCUAAAUCUCACCAGCUUCACGCAUUUCUCUCUGCUUUCUGUGCAGGUUUUGUCAUCUUUGGCAAGUACAACAAUGUGAAUGAGCAGAUUAACCUGUACCUGCUGUCCAGAGUUAUUUAUGGCCUGGGCAAACUCCUGAUCCAGAAGAAGGUCAUCCCUCAGCCCCAGACAGAUGUCUUUCCCUGGUUUGCAGCCAUCAUGUGGGGCUUGACCCUCUGGCUGUUUGAAUACCAGCGCUCCUGUCUCCAGCCUUCCCUAGUCUCCUCUAUGACAUAUUUAUACAAGGACAGUGAUAAGUGGACAAGCCUCAGAGACUUUCUCAUUUAUAAUCAAUGA